AUGCUCGCAGUUCUACCCCAGACAGUAUCUGGCUUCACGGUUCUCCCAGUCGCUUACUCAAAUUCAUCCCAUCAUAUCCUUUAUGUUCGACCGCACACUGGUCCCCUCAAAAGCUCGAAAGGCAAGGGCAAGGUAUUGCCGGAUGGACGGACACUCUUUGUCGUGAACCUGCCUCCUGAUGUGACUGAGCGCGAGCUCGUACUCCUCUUCAAGUCAUGUGGAACUAUUGAGCAAGUCAUCUUUAAUUCAGACUCUGGGUCUAUGCUAUGGCAAGACGAACAAGAAGGCAGCGAGGAAGAAGGCGGGGCGGGGGAAGACUGGGAUAUGGAGUCAGACGGGUCGCAGGACAUCCAUCCAAGCAAAAAACAGAAGGUAGUCAAGGACGAUCCCCCAAUACCCAAGGUCGCACCUCUUCCUUUUCCACCCCUUCGUGCUCUCCGAAAAACCGGGCGCACGGCGCACAUCGUCUUCCUCGACCCUUCCUCCCUAGCACGCGCGCUUUCGCUUCCCAAAUCCUCCAAACAUCAAAAUCAAGCCGUACCACAGUCACUUUCAUGGCCAAACGCGACAGAGUCGCCACUCGGGCUCGCACACUACACCGCAUUGUACGAUGCACUCCGUCCGCCACUCGAUGCUGUUCGUGCUCACGCCGACACGUCCAUUGAGCUACACGACUUCGAAUUAGCGAAAAAGCGGGCGUCCGAAUCGAAGUAUAAAAAGGGCGAAGCGAUCGUGGACGACGACGGGUUCACACUUGUCACGAGGGGUGGGGCAUAUGGGCAGACGGUAGGAGGUGGUGUCAGUGUUGCGAAUAAAAAAUUUGUUGCAGACCGCAGAGGGGCGAGUGCAUCAGGAGCGAAGAGAAACAGGAAGAAAGGGGAGAAGGAGAAGACAGGCUUUUACGCUUUUCAACUGCACGAAAAGAAGCGCAACGAUCUUAUGGAGCUCAAGCGGAAAUGGGAGGAGGACAAGGCGAAAGUCGAAAAACUCAAAUCGUCGAGGAGAUUCAGGCCUUAUUGA